AUGACUGCCACAUUGAUUGCCUUCUUGUUGCUUCUCGCAAUCUUUUCGUGCAUAUCAGCACAAGACAUUACCUGUCCUCCGGGCUCAUUUCCCCAGACAAAUGUAACAACGUUCACAGUCUCUUCCUCUCCAAAAUCACUGGAGUCGACCUUGGGAGAUUUCUAUUCGGAUAACUGGCAAUCUCUCCUUCAAACAUCCAUAACCUUCACUCCUGCCUUUCUCUCUAGAACCCUGCACUUCACAUCAGAAUCUCUCAAUAUUACCGAAACCCUUUUACCCUCAACUCCUACGCUGCUUCAAUGGCAGCUAUCUUCGGGGACAUUCGUGCUUCCUUUGGGGGGUGGAGAGUUCAAAGUGCUCUCAUAUAACCAAUCUCUUUCUCUCCUUCCUGUAUGUGACAGCGAUUCAUAUACCACUGUAACCUGGAGUAUUCAUGCCUGUAUCUCCUCGCCGUUCGAAGGGCAAGACGAGGAAGCGCAACCAAUAAACUGGUUCAAGCUUCAGCACGACAACGCUGCCAGAAUUAUUUUUUCCACAGUCCCUCGUGGCUGGUUCGGUCCCGUUUCGACAGAUCAAAAGAGCGCUGCAUGUCCCACCAACGACUACAGGGCUUCUGUGCUUUCUAAACCGAAUGGUGCCGGUGGGACUUUAAAGGAGCUAUCACUCACACCUACACCUACUAUUACAGCUGUGGUGUCAAGUUCUGUGUCAGCACCGGUACCGACGACUACGUUCAAGACGUCGUACCAACUAAUUCCGUUACCUGUGACGGUGUCAUUACCUGCCGAGAAUGCCACAUGGAGUACGGUUGGAGUGAGGAAUGAGGAAACACGGACCUUUGAGAAUUUUGAACCGAUAGAAACUUAUAUUCCAGGAAAUGGAGCAAUAGGAAUAAAUAGUGUAGAUACCACGGUGGUAAUAGCAGCCAUUAUAGGAUGGCUAUUUUUGUAA